UCUGUUUGAAACUUAGCUUGCUUGGGAAAACUGUUCAUAGAAUUAAAAAAUUAUAUUCAAACACACAAGAGCACAGAAAAUCUGAAUUAAUUAUUGCCCAGUCAUGUCCAAGCCCACCACUAUUAAAGAUGCCCUUACUAAGUGGGAGGACCAAAACAAACAGGAGGCGGCCACUGCCACGGAAAUAGGGUUGCAGUUUCGCUACCCACCCAUUGAAAAGAUGGACAACACCCUCAGCUCUCUGACCGAAUGCCAAAGGUUAAGCCUCUCCUCGAAUAUGAUCGAGAAGAUCUCUGGAAUUGCAGGAAUGAAGAACUUGAGGGUCCUGAGCCUGGCCAGAAACAACCUAAAAACUCUAAACGGCAUUGAGGUUCUGGCCGACACGCUUGAAGAGCUGUGGGUCAGCUAUAACAACAUCGAGAAGAUCAAGCCCCUCGAGUCGAUGAAGGCCAUCAAGGUGUUCUACAUAUCCUUCAACCUCAUCAAGGACUGGGCCGAGUUCAUGCGCAUCGCCGUGCCCCCGAAUCUGGGCGAGAUCACCUUCGUGGGCAACCCCCUGAACGAGAAUAUGGAUCCUGCGGUUUUCGUAGCCGACGCUGUGCGUCGUCUGCCCAAUUUGAAGAAGCUGGACGGGGAGCCAGUCAUUCGUUAGUUGGAGAUGUUUUCAACAACAGCAAAAAACAGAGGCCUGGUAAUCCUAGCACCUUGUAAACCGAACAGAAAAAUUCUAAAAACCAGAAUUCCAUUGACGUGACCUCUGUGUGUAUUCAAUUUUUUGCAUUUCUUAUUGCCAAUGCCUAGACAGAGUUUUCCAAUUUUCAAAGCGUUGUUGAUGCUGCUGAUGAGCUCCAUUGUUUUGCCUGACCAUGUUUUCCCUAGACUUUUAUCUCACCCCUUUGAAAAAUGUAGGGGGCUUUCAUUUCACUCGAAUAAACUCAGCAUCUAUAUGAAGAAAAAUA